AUGGACCACCCGAGCAGCGAUUGCGCCCGCCAGGACCUCCGGGCCUUUCUCGCGUCCUACGCCAAUAUGGCGUCCGAAUACAUCGAGAUCGAUCGAGACCCUGCGACCACAACCCAAGGAGCCAUCACCGAUCCCGAAGGGCGCCUUGCCCCGGCUCGUCUGGCGCCGUGGAAGGAUGGCUCCGACGUACUCGACGACAUCUUCAAUUGCCUCCUUACUGUGCUCGAAGACGCCGAAGGUGGUCAUACCCAAGAAACAUUCCCUAGCCGCCUCCAUGUCAGCGAGACGGGCCAAGCGCUGUCAGUCAUCAACAGCGAGGCCGCUGUUCAUCUCUUCGACGUCGAUACCCUUUACAAACCAGCAAACAAGAUUCUCGAUGCAGCUCUUCGCCGGUCCGCUAUACGCGCAGCUGUGACGCCGAUCCUACAUCGCCGAGGAUACAGGACAGAUUUGGCGCCGAUGGAUAGCCAGGAUGUACCGGGCGAGUUCAUGUUCUCCCCGCACCACAGGACCAUCACGGUUCCCGCCCACAUCGCCGGCCACAAGAGGAAAAGGUCGGAUUCCAAAUCGACGGACCCAACAGACACAGGUGAUCACGGGCCCGAGGUCACCGAGGACGAGAUCAAUGUUAUCACAGACACUCCCAGCCCCAGUCUUAGCCAGGCCAGCAUUCAGCCCGUCGUCAGGAUCAACUCGGAGAAUAAGAUCAACCUCAAGUCCGGUCCUGGCGACUACUACUGCUCCUUCGUCUCGAGCUCCUCCCCGCCCUCCAGGCGCCUUCUGCUCAUCGGCGAGGCCAAAGCGCCCCACAAGCUUACCCGCACCCUGAUCUAUAGCGCUCUAGGGGGCAAUCCGACGAUCGACACAAUACAGUUCAUGCAAUCCGCCGAGCGAAACCAACAGAACAAUUUCGAGGAAGAUCAGAGGUGGCUCGCAGCUGUCGCUACGCAGAUCUAUAGCUCGCUGGUUAAUAGCAAGCGACGCUAUGGCUAUAUUACAACUGGCCAGAGCUACGUCCUGCUGCGCAUCUCGCCCUCCUCCCCGAAGAUUAUCGAAUACUUGGCCUUGCCACCGUCGGCCCCGCAGCCGGAACACCCCGUUCAUGAGCGGGAAGAUAUAGCAUCGCUGGCGGCCACCCCGCUCUCACGCCUGAUCUGUCUAGCUCUACUAUCUUUAUUCUCGGCAAGCUACCUAACAGAAGCCGAACAUCAGGAAGCUACAACUGCUGAGUCGGCCCUGGUCUGGCGGGACGCGCGGGUGCGAGAACAGUCACUCGAGUCCAAAACCUUACAGUCCACAACAAGCGCUAUUACGAAAAGCUCAGGUGACCAAGUGUGGACGGGACAGCAUAAACAGAAUACACACAAGCGCGUGUCCUCGGAGCAUGACGAGGAUGACAACCGCCCCACCAAACGGCCCCGACUGUCAAUAGUAUCAGUUGCUCAUCCAAGUCCCCCCUGUCUUACGCCGCCACCCGAAAUAGAGCAGUCCGUGGCUCACAGUUCCAUGGAUGCUGUACCGUUCUGUACAUCCCGCUGCAUCCUCUCACUCGCUCACCGCGCCGAGCCGUCUACUACGUACCAACCUCAAGACCCCUCAUGUCCAAAUUGGCCGCUACAUCAGCUGCAUGCCCAGACCCUCGACCUACGGUCCCUUGCGCGCUCCAGCAUUCAACUCCCCAUGUAUAACUACGACUACGAUAAUACAGAGGAGGCCCCGAUCCUUUUGCAAAGGAGCACCGAGAAUGCUACGUACGCAGAUCAGUACGGCGCGGCCUCGGCUCUUUUCAAAGUUCGGAUUCAACCUGGGGGGUAUGUUCUCAUCGCGAAAGCUGGUAGGACUUCGGAUGCGGUACAACGCCUCAAAUAUGAGGAACGAGUCUAUCGGAAGCUACGUGACUUGCAAGGCAAUGCGAUACCAGUCUGUGCUGGCUUGGUAGACCUUCCACGCGAUCGUCCCAGGCCACCUUUUCGCUUCGCGAGGGACUUCCCAGCUUUCCUCCUGCUCAGCUGGGCCGGGACGUCCUUACUACAAUGCCGUGAUAUAGUAGUCACGGAGACCGAGCGAUGGAAGGAGUCUAUGGAGGUUGUGCUUAAACAAGUGCACGGGAGGGGCAUGUUGCACUGCGACGCAGAGCCGCGCAACUUUGUGCUUCGCUAUAACGAUAACGGCCCGUCCGGUAUGCGUCUCUUGGAUCUUGAACGGGCUAUAACCAAAGGACGAUUUACCCGUCGAGCGAGGAGGUCAGGUCCCGUCACGGACGAGAAAGCAGAGCGGGAUUUCCGGCAGGCUUGCGUGCGGGAGAGGGAGCGCUGCCUUGCAUACCUCGACGAGUGGGCUGGUUGGAGGAGAAGAGAGCUUGCGCGGGCCGCAGUUAGAGCGCAGAACCGUUAA